AUACCUGGUGGCCAAGCUCCGCUUCUCCGCCGUCCUGGGCUUCGUGGUCGGCACCUGCACGGGAAUUUACGCCGCCCAGAACUACGCCGUGCCCAACGUUGAGAAGACGCUUCGGGACUAUGUGAAUUCACUGAAAAAAGUGUUGCAGGGUGAGAGUAUGUUUGGCCUCUCUACACUGACAGCAGCUCACUUGUGCUGGCUCUCGCCUGGAAAUGGGGAUGUUUGGGAAUGCUGCUGGCUCUGCCAACAGGCUGCUGCAGAGGGGGCUGUGGGCACUGAUGCUGCUGCUGUCUGUGGCCAUCUACGGCUCCCACGCCCCCCUCCUGACCCUCUGCAAGGUGGAUGGGGCCAUCCCCUUCAGUUCCACGUCCGUGGUGGUCCUCGUGGAGCUCACCAAGCUGGCGCUGUCCCUCCUGUUCCUGCUGGCGGGGGCACGGGAGCCACUGGGAGCGGCCCUGUCCUGGCGUCACGCCGCGCCCUUCGCCCUCUCGGCCCUGCUCUACGCUGCCAACAACAACCUGGUGGUGCACAUGCAGCUCUUCAUGGACCCCAGCACCUUCCAGGUGCUCAGUAACCUGAAGAUCGUCAGCACGGCGCUGCUGUACAGCCUCCUGCUGCGCCGGCGCCUGGGCAGGCGGCGCUGGCUGGCCCUGCUGCUGCUGCUGGCCGCCGGUGUCGCCUACAGCUGCGGGGGGCUGCGGGGGCCCGGGGACCCCGGCGGGAUGCGCCUGCACGUCACGCCCGUGGGGCUGCUGCUGCUCUCCGUGUACUGCCUCAUCUCUGGACUCUCUGCUGUCUACACCGAAGCCAUCCUGAAAAGCCAGGCGCUGCCCCUCAGCCUCCAGAACAUCUUCCUGUACUUUUUUGGGGUCCUGCUCAACCUGAUGGGUUCCGUGUGGAGCGGCACGGAGGGCGGGUUCCUGGAGGGAUUCUCCCCGUGGGUGCUGCUGGUCGUGCUCAGCCAGGCUCUGAAUGGCCUCAUCAUGUCCGUGGUGAUGAAACACAGCAGCAACAUCACCAGGCUCUUCGUCAUCUCCUGCUCCAUCCUGGUCAACGCCCUCCUCUCUGUUGCCCUCUUCAACCUGCAGCUCACCCUCCUCUUCUUUGUGGCUGUGGUGUGCAUUGGCCUGGCCGUGCACCUGUACUAUGGAGUCGCAUAGUCACUGCCUUCAUCCCGCGUGUCUGGGCAGCCCCAGCACUUCCUCAGGGCUGCAGUCAUUCCUGGUGGGUGUCUGCACCCCCAGGAUCCACUGAGGGGGAGAGCAGCCUGUCCUGCUUCCACAGGGAAACUGCCCUGCUCCAGUCCAGCCAGGCUCUGUGCCAUGGUGUUCCCAUGGGAUCAGGCAUGCCCAACCUUAGUGGAGGUCCUGAGCCCCUUGUGCAUAGUCUCAAGAUGUGCCAGGGGAGGUACAUCUCAGGAGUAAUUUAUUCACAGAAGGGGUGAUUAAACUUUAGAAGGGGCUGCCCAGGAAGGUAUCACCAUCACUGGAGGUGUUUAAGGACUGGACAUGGCACUUAAUGCCAUGGUCCUUUUGAUGGGUGAUGUUGUGUUACAGGUUUGACUUGAUGAUCUCGGAGGUCUUUUCCCACCUAAAUGAUUCUGGGACUCGUGUCCCGUGUCCUGAAGCUGCUUCCCCACACCACAGUGGCCUGGGAAUGCUGCAGCAGUAACUGGCCCUGCUGCAGCUCCUGCCAGCCCAGCAUGGGAGUGGUGCUGUUUCAGCUCCCAUGGAUGCUGCUUGAUCCCUUCUGUUCCUGGUGCUGCUUCCCUGGGUCUCUCCCACCUCCACGGUUUUCCAGCCUAGCCCCUGCCUGGAGCCCUGCUGUCCUCGGGCCCCGUUUCCCCUUCCUGGGCACUGUCUCUGCAGAGCAGAUGGGGAGUGGGGCAUGUGGGAACUUCCACCUGCUCCCCAAGAGGGGGAUGCCCCCUAAAUUUGUACCAAGUUUUUGGCAGGCAGAGGCCACCCAGGAUAUUAAAGCUGUGGUUCAACAGCA